UGUUUGUUUCGGCCUUCCGGAAAGGGAAAGCAAUGGAUGAAGCAGAGGCGGGCGCGAACCUCGCGGCUUGAAUUGCUCGUGCUUCUCGUUUAGUUUUCGUCUUCCUCCUCUUCUCGGCAUCUUCUCUUCCCUGGGAGGGUCUUUUGCUUUUGCUUUUGCUUUUGCUUUUGCUGUUGCUACUGCUUCUGGGGGAUGCCCCUCGUGUCCAUCCAUCGGCCAUCGCCAUGAACGAGAAGGCCUCUGUUACCAAGGAGCUCAAUGAGAUGCACCUGAAGAUAUUAGAUGGGCUUCUCAAAUUGCCUGAGAACAAAGAAUGUGCUGACUGCAAAGCCAAGGGUCCACUAUGGGCAAGCGUCAAUUUGGGGAUUUUUAUAUGCAUGCAAUGCUCUGGCAUCCAUAGAAGUCUGGGGGUACAUAUAUCUAAGGUGAGAUCUGUCAGGCUGGACACAUGGCUCCCAGAGCAGGUCUCAUAUAUCCAAACUAUGGGAAAUGAAAAGGCGAAUAGCCACUGGGAGGCAGAACUACCUCCAAAUUAUGACAGAGUUGGAAUUGAAAAUUUUAUUCUUGCAAAAUAUGAAGAAAAAAGAUGGGUGCCCCGGGAUAAAACCUUGCCAGCAUGUUCAAAGGCAAGAGAAGGAUCUAAUACUUCAAUUGAGCAGAAAUCUGCUGAUGAAGGUGGACAUGACUUCAGAAACAAUAUAAAAUCUCCUGAGGAGCGAAAUUCAGUAUCACCAUUUCAUGCUGGGAGCAGUGUAGCUGUUCCUAAAAUUCCAAGCCCGGUAUCUUAUGCACCAAAAGUACAAACAGUGACAUCCCAGGCCGUCUCUACACAAACUUCACCGACACCUUCUUCCAAGCUUAAUUCUUCAGUCUCUCUACAGCGGAAUGUUGAUCAAACAGCUUAUGUUUUCGACAUUCUUUCUGUAGAGAGAUCUAGCCAACAUGAAUCUACGUCAUCUUCAAAUGAUGAUAAUGGAUGGGCAAAUUUUCAGUCUGCAAAAGUAGCUAGUGUAACGGAGAAAGAAAGCAUCACAGAAUCUGCUGAAAGUAAGAGCAAACCUCCAUCUGGAAUUGAGGGCCUAUUUAAAGAUUCACCAGCAGAGGUGCCGACUUUGGAUCCAGAGAAGUCCCAAAAGAAUGUGAAAAAUGAUAUUAUGGGCCUCUUUGAUAAGUCUAAUAUGGGUUCACCAUAUACCAUUCACCAACAGCAAUUAGCAUUCAUCUCUCAGCAGCAGGCAUUUCUCGUGGCUGCAUCACAAUCAGGCUCUGCACUUCCUGCUCAAAAACCAGGCACUACUGUGCUUGCAUCCAACAGUAGUUUCCCAAUUCAAAACUGGCCCAAAGAAGGCAAUCAAUUCCCAGGAAUGACAUUAUCAGCAGGAGAAGAGGAUAACAAAAGAUUAAACCAGAAGGACUAUGUCGAGCAGGCGCAUCCCCUUGGAAAUUAUGGUCCUUUUCCUACUUUAGGAAUGGAUGCUCCGGGAUCAACAGUACCCGGUAAAAAAGUAACCGAAGAUGGAGGUAGUGGGACAGCAAAUGCAUCCUCUUCCCGUUCGACCACUCCGAAUCAGUCACUAAGUGAUUAUGACUUCUCAUCCUUAACACAAGGCUUGUUUUCGAAGAAUUAACCGCCGCAAUUAAAGAUGCUGGAACAAUUUUUUAUAGUCCCUAGAGCACUAUGUCAAUUACAGGAAAAUAUAUAUAGAGUAUGGUUGUUCUCUUUCAUGUGAGCGUUAAGGCUGGUUUUACUUUGUUUCUGUCUCUUUCUUUUUUGUCCCUCUCUAAUUACAAGAAAAGUGUAAUACUUCGACGCCUUCAUUAUCAGCAUAUGCCAUAUAAAAUCAGCGAGGAAGAACUUGCUCUGCCAGGCUUCGUUUUAGGUGAUUAAAAUGACUCCGAGAUGGGAAAAGAUAUGUACGCAAGUUGAUGAAGCCUCUUUUAUGUUGCCUUUUUGUUGUAACAAUUUUGGUUUUCAAACAGGUUGAUUAAAGUAAAUAUGACCGUCAAAACUCAUUCUCA